UUCUAAUAAGCGUUCUACUAGCAGUCUAGUAGAUGAAAAUUGGUGUUUGAACCAAAAUGGCAGUGUCUGUGAUACAAAAUAUAAAUCAAUCGAAUUUAGAAAAGAUAGAAAGUUUUAUAAACGACCCAAUUUACAAAGAAGCCCUAGAAAGUUCAGCAAAUUACAAUACACGAUUAUGCAUCGAAAGGCGAAUGCGUUUACCAUUUUUAGACAGCCAAACUGGCGUAGCCCAAAAUCACUCCUCUUUAUUCAUGAACAAGAGGCACCGAAUGCCCGGUUUAGUUCAAGGACAAAUUUACACCUACCCAAGGCAAAGAUGGAGGAAAAGACGUCGUCAAUACUUAUUAAUGAAUGCGAGAGCUUUUGCAAGAAAUGCUGAUGCUAUGCUUGAUGGUGAUGGUGAUUUGCAUGGCUUAUCACAAUCGGAAAACCCUGCUCUACAGGAUACUGACAGUAAAGACAGUCAGUUAUUAAAGGAUGAGGUAUCUAAGGAAUGGUAUUAUGAUGAACAGGAUAUGAUUGAUAUGGAUGUUUAUGAUGAACCUGAUCAAGAUUCCGAUUUAGAUUAUGAAGAACCUUAUAGUAAAAGAACUAAGAGGAGGAAAGGUGCAGGAAGGGGUCGUGGUGGUGGUGGUGAUUCACCAAGUACUCCAGGCCGUAGAAAAGGCGGAGGACGAGGUCGAAAGAAAGCCACUACCCACAAUUUUGAGCCGACACCCGGAGACCCGGAUAAACCAUUCGCUUGUGAACUUUGCGGAGCGCGGUACAAGACGCGUCCCGGGCUGACUUACCACUACGGACAUUCGCACAAAGAAGGCGCUAGUGAUGAAAAUUCUCGCGAAAGCAAUGCCCCCACGAGAGUGGCCUCUCCGCUAGGAUCGGGGGGUUUUACCACUGGCGUGGUGGCCGGCCCAACGCCUAGCGGUGGUGGCCUAAUUCAGAAUAACAACCUGAUGGGGGACCCGAUGACCCUAGCACCCUCAGCCGGUCAGGGUCCACCGAUCCCAGGACACGUCUAUCAAGAUAGUUACGUUUCUUUCUUAGGCCAUCCAGCCGGUACACCGGGUAGACGUGGUCGUCAGCCAAAUAAUCCCCCGCCUCCAGCGACACCUCCUCAACCCCAAGCUCCACCGACACUUCCACCAAAUCUGCCAACACAACCGCCACCAAUCGUGGAUGAUCCUCCAAUGCCGGUUUUAAUUCCUGAAAAAGUCAUCGAACCGCCUCCAUCCAGUUCGGUUGAACCACCACGUGAAGGAAAAGCAGCGCCCAGUCCUUAUUGCGAUUUUUGUUUGGGAGAUUCGAGGGAGAAUAAGAAAACAGGUGGUUCCGAAGAAUUGGUGUCGUGUUCUGAUUGCGGCCGAUCAGAGAUGGAAUUCAACAAAGUAUGUAGCGAUUUGAUAAACGAUUUAAGCCAAAAGUUAUAUUAAAACAAAAAAGAGAAGUGGACCAAGAGAAAUCAUCCCCAAGGCGGCGUCACUCCGUCACCACGACUCACAUUAUAUUGUUGUCUUUUUAAUGUUUUCGUUUCCGUACUUAUCGUAUAACUCAAAAGAGCUAGAAAAGUAAAAAAAAAAAAACAAUGUACUGGGUCGCGGUAAAAAAUACCUAGUUGCACUUCAAACAAGUUUUAUUACUUUACGUAAUGCACACAAUUUUUAUUAUUUUAUUGGCAGAUAAUAUGUUUUUUUUUCCAUAACAAAGAAACAUUUUACCUUUUUUUAGGGAACGAAAUGGUUAUUGGUUUAUUAUACAGGGUUAACAAAUUAUAUUUAUAUCCAUGACGCCUUGAUGUGGUGUGAUAAAAAGAACUUAGCUAAACUAAAAAAUGUGACUUUCGGAAUUUAUAAAUAAAAAGAAAAAAUUUACCCUAGUAUUUUUGCGAAUAAUAAAAUUGUUGUUGUGGGCGUCAUCGUUCGAGUAUGAUUUGUUUUACUUUGUUCGUGUUCAUGGCUGUGGGUAUUUCGUAAAAAUAUAAAAAAAAGAAUAAUAGGUUAACAAUCUGUUACAUAAUAUUAUUAAUAUAUGAAAUAGCAUUAGUGUUUCUUGUUAUUACAACUAAUCGUUCACUUUUUAUGGUUUCAAAUUGCACAUAAAUUACAUUCUUAUUAUUAACAUGUAAAUACAACCCUUGCAAAUCCAUUUUUUUAACGUAAUAACUACGAUUAAUGUAUCAUUUCGCAAUUUAAACUGUUUUAUAAUACUGUUUCAAUCAAAGGCUUUUAUUAUUAUUGAUUAGUUAAUUAAUAAUACUUGUUUUGAGCAAAUUUAAAAAAUUCGAACAUUUAGGGAUGUAAUCAAUAAAUUUUGGUAAAAUUAAUAAUAUUUACACAUAUCUGGAAAUAUAACUUACCAAAUAUAAUGAAAGUUAUUUAGAUGUUGAUUAAAACGUCUAAGGCUAGUGUUUAUUUGAGAUGAAAAUUAUCUGUAACAAAUGUAUUUUCGGCAGUUAAGAGUCAAUUUCGGCUAUAAUCAAUUUCUUGAGUAAUUAAUAAGGUUGGUUUUUGAAGAAAUAGUAAUAUUAUUUUGGUCAAAGGCAAAUAGUUAAUUUAGGAAUAAGGCGUUUUGUUGUGCUUAAACUUUCGCUACCAACACAAUGAAUUUGUGUUAAUACAAAGCUUAAUACAAAGAAUGUUGUAAGACGUCUAUAUUGUAAGGCACCAAAGGGUGUAUGUUUUUAAAAGGUAUGAUUACACAAAAUACAAAAUUAUCAACAGUUUGUGAGCUCACCUGUGAGCAAAGAUCGCAUAAUAAAAUUAUCUAUAGUAUCAAUAGGGCAUGACAUGGUUACUUCAGGUACAAAUAAGUUGUUUGCAAGUUUUGAAAGUUGAAAUCAACAUGCAUUAAUAUAAUUGGCAUAAUAAUACUAUCAAAGACAGUCUUUUCUUUUCUUCAUUCAGAACAGAAAUUACAAUUUUUGUCAUCAAAGCUUGUCAACCCUGAAAUGUACACAUCAAACUUAAUGGUUGAUAUAAAUUAAUUAAUAAUAUUCAUUGCAUGCUUUUAACAUUACCAAAUAUUUACGUUUCAUAUGAGCAUUUUUACGCUUAUUCACCAUUAACAUUUUUGAGUUUAAUUUUUAAAUUUACAUCCCUUAACACUAGUAUUUGACGAUACAACAACGUUCUGUUCUUUUGAUAACCGAAUUCUCGUUCAAUAGAAUUUUCUUUUUCUUCUUAUCUUAUAAUAAAGCCGAAUCACAAAACAAUCUUUAAGAAUUUAAACCUAGGAAUGCAUUUCUAGAGUUUCAAACAUUUAAAGAGUAUAAACACUAAUUUUAUGAUGUUGGGUGUCAAUGUUACAAAUGUCAGUUGAUAAAAAGUGAAGAAAAUUACUAAUUUUGCAGUACUGAAUCAUUAAAAACUGCUUUGCAGUAGUACUCAAACUUUAGGAAAGUGUUUUGGAAUUCGUUACUACUUAAGAAAUAACGGAAGGAAAAUUGGGUUGGUUCGCAUUUUAUGUUUUUAAAAUGUUGUUUAAAUUUUGGCCAUACAUUUACUUGACCCUUACAUAAAUAGAUAAAGUACAGGAUGCAAUAUCAGUAGCGGUUAUUUUGAAUUAGCUAGCUUAUCAGCUUAUAAUUAUAAUUCCAAAUGUUCUAAACAAAACAAGUUUAACAAAAUUUCAUAAUUUAAAACAAUUUAUAUUGGAUUUAGAAUUUAUUUUGGAUUAAAAACACGUACAAAAUUGUCAACUCUGUUGGAACGGAUUGUGAGUUUAAAGAUUGUUUAAGGACUUUAUAAGAAUACCAGGAUAAAUGUUAGUGAUUGCGGAUACGUCCGACGACCUUUUAACAAUCAAGGAUUUGUCAAGUAUUCAGUUUGAACAGUAUUCUUCAACUGCGCAUGUACCUGACCGUCAACUGACAGUCAUAAUUGUAGCUAGAACAAUCCUUAUAUGUCAGCCAUAAUGGCUUAGUUUCCUGAAAUGAGCUGUAGCUUUGUUAUGAAUUUUACGUACACAGUACAUGGUGGAAGGAUUCUAUUGCUACGGAACCAUCGAUCGCCUUACUUUACUCUAUAUGCGACGUCAGGCUAAUCUUGCAUAGUUUUCCAGAUUUGAUUACAAAAUACCUGACGCUUUAAAAGCUGUUAUAGACAAAUUAUUAUCAUUGAUUUAAACGUACUUUAAUUUGAAAUCAAUUUUAAAUUUGAUUUAAAAGCUGCCGAAACGAAAAAAACAAGCAGAAUUAUUUACAAAUAUUCGGAAUGUUUCUAUCUGAGUCAUAACAAAAGCUAUAAUGUAGGAGUGUCCAGAAAGAGCAAAAGAAGUGACUGAAGAAGACUGUUUAAAUGUGGAAUUUAAAUUGCUAGCCAUACGAUAUGAUGUUGAAACAUUUAAAAUGGAGUUGAACUUUUUCACAGUGGAGUUGCUCAAUGUAAUAGUUGCUAUAUUCAAAAACUCUUAAUAUGGUAAAGAUUCUUGAUCAGAUUUUUCUAGUCUUACUAAAUACGAAUAAUACAAGAAUGAACGAAAAGUUAAUAAUUGGUAAUGAGCAAAGACAUUUUAAUAAAGGAUUGCCAAAAAUCGUAUGCGAUUACAUUAAUAGAUACUACAUCAUAUUGAAACGUACAUGACUCUUUAAAGUAUUAGCCAAGUAGUUGUAAUCAAAUACGUUUCACGAAGCUGUUUCAAAAAUUUAUAAACUUGGCCUGUGAUGAACAAAGUUAUACUUCAAUGAGAUUGAACAACAGCACAUAUGGUACGCUAAACAAUAAUUGUUUAAAAGAUCUAUUUCUUCUACAAGUACAACAAAUUUCAAUGAUUACCGCUAUUGACUCCUCGAUUAUAAUAUUUAAUAAUAAUAAUAA